AACCUUCCACAAAAUGGCCGCUCGCUAGUUCUGUUGUGGAGUGACAAAUUGAAUUAUUUAUAGUCCCUUCGCCUCUGUGCUGUCGUAUGUUAUUGGUUUGAGUGUAUAAUUCGUUUGUGUUAAGAACCAACAUGUAUUUUAAAUUCAUCGCAAUAGUUUUCGCUGCGACCUGUGCAGUAUUCGUGACUGGCCACUCCUAUGAAGAUUAUCGCUGUAAAUGUGUCUGCCCAAGCCCAGCUGCUGUUCUCAACAACACAACUGGAGCUGAUCGUAGCCCUUUCAUGAAAUCCGCUAACGUACCUCCGAACAAAUGCAACUGUGAAUCGGUUAUCCUGCCACGUGUAGCUGAGCAGAUCAAAGGUCGGGAGCAAGAGUUCUGUCCCCGAUGUGAAUGCAAAUACGAAAACAGGAAUACUACCGUUAUCAAGGUGGUAGUGAUCAUAGUGAUCUGGGUGAUUAUGCUGCUGGUGGUGUACAUGGGCUUCCUCAUCUGCCUCGACCCUCUCAUCAACAAACGCGCUAAGGCGUCCUACCAGGAACAUACCAACGAAGAUGACGAAAGUACGCUCGGUGGGCCAUCACAGCAGAUGGGAGCGCGUGGCAACGUUCUCAACAGAGUGACGCACCAACAGGACAAGUGGAAGCGCCAAGUCCGUGAGCAGCGCCGCAACAUCUACGACAGGCAUACGAUGCUGAACUAGGACCCGCUUCAUACCUCAUCCGUGGCGUAGCAAUACUAAGGUAAACGUUUACCGUGGGCCCUGAUAUUUCUAAGUAGAUAGUUGUCCAAGUAUAUAGGACUAUCUCUACCAAAUAUGUGGUUUGCAGUUUUCAAUAGUGCUGCAAACAGUGCUUGAAGACAUUAUAUGCAGUUUUCUAUUCAUACAACUUCUAACUUUGAUUGGAUUUUUCCUAAAAUUGGAAAAUCUAUACCAAAGUUCAAAAUUGCAAACGUAACAUAUAGAAUUUGAAAUUCGGGGCCCUAGUGCUGCGCCUUCUAUGGAUGGAGGUAGGUGAAAAAAUAUUUCAAUGAAUCCCUUGCUUCGAGGACAGACUAGUAUAUGAUAGAAAGCUAUAGCAGUAUAAACUCUGAAAUAUUAUAUUCAAUGCACAUUUACAAAUAAAAAAAUUUUGAAACAUUUUUAACAUUAUACACACAUGUUAUAUACAAUCAAGACUUAUUAUUCGCUAGAUUGAGUAGGACUUUAUUGAUAUAUUUACCAUUUACAUGAUUGUAGAUACACGUUGAAACAGUCCCGCACCAUUUACAGUUACGACUAAGGGCCGACUUUUCCAACGCCAGUUAAAUUUUAACUGAAGAAUAACUUUGAAUAUUUGACAAUUCUUCCAUACUAAAAACUGUCAAAAGUCAUUUCUAUUCUACAGUUAAAAAUUAACUAAUGAUGAUGGAAAAUCGGCUCUAAUCACCGUACUCAGAGUCAGUUAAGGGCUCCUUAACCCAGUCCUCAGCAAUUGUUUUAGAAACAAAUACGUAACUAAGGAAUAGUUUAAGUAAUCAUUAAACGUCUCUGAGUAUCCCAGCAAGGGCAGAUUUUCCAACGCCAGUUAAAUUUUAACUGAUGAAUAAGUUUGAAUAUUUGACAAUUCUUUUAACUGUCAACUCUCAAAUUUAUUCUUCAGUUCAAAAUGAACUGCAGCUGUAGCCAAAUGCCAUUUAGCGCUUGUCUACAUGUAGAAUAGAAAACCAAAUUAUAUGGAAUUGACGU